AUGCAGAAGCUAAACCCCAACGCCAUCCCUUACAAUCCGGCCACCGCCACCGCCACCACUGUUCCCCUUUUUCCUCAUCAUCCACCAUCUCCAAUAUUUCUCCAAACUUGCUUCUACUACCACCCAUCCCCGUAUGUUCCUCCAACUCCCAAUACUUAUUCGCAUAAUUUCCACUGCUACGUUCCUCGGCCACCCCUCCCUCAUCUUUUAUCACAAUCUGAUCUGCAAGAAAGCGACCGCCUUGGCGGCCUCGAUGACCAAACUACUCCGAUGGUCUCUUUUUCUGCUCGCUGUUUUGCGAGAGGCCCCCGUCGCCUUAACCGGAGUUCGCAGAAGGGCUCUUGCUCUCGCUUCUUUUGGAUACCCAAGGUUUCUUCUUCUGAAAGAAAGUCGUUCGCAGUCGUCGCCCCACCGCCGGACUUUGAGUUUAAAGAGGCGGCAGCUGGUAAAACUACCGUCAUGCUUAAAAACAUUCCUAACAAGUUCAGCAAGCAAGAAAUACUAGACUUGCUGGAUGAGCAUUGUCGGAGGGAAAACUCGAAGAUUUUGGAAGAAGGUUCAGCUGCUGAUUCACAGCUUUCCGAGUUUGAUUUUCUUUACUUGCCGAUGGACUUCCUGAGUGGAAGCAACUUAGGUUACGCUUUCGUCAAUUUCACGAGCACUGUGGCUGCAAGCAGGCUUCAUAGAGAGAUGCAUAAGAAGCCAUGGAACGUAUACGGCUCUCGCAAAGUUAGCGAGGUGACUCAUGCGAAGAUACAGGGUUCCGAAGGGUUGCUGAAGCAUUUCAAGAGUUCUAUUUUCGCCUGCUGUUCGCCGGAGUAUCUGCCGGUCUACUUCUAUCCGAGCCGCGAUGGUUUCCGGCGAACUAAGGAGCGGUUAGUCGGCAAGCUUGUUUACCAGCAGGCACCUUGA